CUAUUUUGACUGAAUAUGGCAAUAUUCAUUGUGACGCAUCUUACGCGCAACCUCAUAUGCCAUCACGCCACACGCUAAGUCGGUGUCUUUCCGAGCAGAUCAUCUCCAGGCGGGCCGUAGCCGAUCGCGGCGCUAAGACCGCUGUUAUUGGCAGCCAACACAUUACGACUGCCAAGUACGGACUCAUUGAACCAGCGUAACCUUACAGUAGCAGCUAAAGUCAGCAUCGCACCCCUAUGUUUGGCCGCUCAUCCAACAACACGUUCGUUGUAUCGACACCAUGGGCACAUUAGUGUUACGACUACCAACCUUCACUCGCCUUGCGACCUUUAUGUUACUGCUUUCUCCAAUCUUUGCGCAGAACGAUCCAGUAAUUUCAAAUAGUAACGCCACCACAACUCCAACUUCAUGUCCUUUGCACAUCCACCAAGACUUCAAUCCCGAUGCGCCAAUCAACUCUACCGGAAGCGUCAAUAUGCAUUGGAACGCAUUGAUGAUGGAUCCUGCGCGUAAUGACUGGAUUUUCACGCUCAUGUAUAACGAAACUCGAAAUCGGCAAGCGCCGCAUGUCGUAUUCGAUACUCAGCACAAGUUACAGUCAUAUAUAAGUGCACCGGAAGCAAGCGAGGCACAGGCAUGUAUCCACAUGUUCGGAGGCCUCAAUGCGACUUCAUCAUCCAGUGAGCUAAAUGGCUGUGACGGGGUCCUUGACGAUGCUUGUUUUAACUUUCUCGGCAAUGCGACAUUCAGCAGCGGUUGCAGCCUUCCAGAGCCGAGACUCAAAUGGCUGGAGGACCUCAGAGAAGUGUGCGGCACCGACGUAGCGACGUCUCUUGCCAGUACUAGCAAUGCUCAAGACUUGACCAACAGGACCUGCACUAUAGACCAUCCUCCAGGCUCCACUGUACCAGACCACUACCGCACCUGGGCCGCAAUGGGAAGAGGCUUCACCGAAAGGAAUGUGGAUAUCGACCCGUCAAGCUUCGUUUGGUACGACACGUAUGUCCGGCAAACUGUUCCAUUUCUCGUCACCGCGAAUUUCCUUGGCGGAGUUACAGAGACACAAGUCGUCUGUGUAGCCCCUAAAGAGGUGGUUGAUGGAGGAAGAGUACCUGCGCGGACAUCUGUAGCCAGCCUGAGUUGGCGGAGCUCGAGUUUGGUGGCUGUGGCUGUAGCCGUGGUGGCCAAUGCAGUGGGCACGUUGGCAUGAUGAUGAGAUCAAUGCUGCUGUUUGGAUACAUGGGAUCCAUUGCUAUUCUAUAAUUGAUACCCCAGGCAUUCUUGAGCUUCCUUCAGGUCUGGUGCCGUUCUGCUCCUCUACCCGCACACAUGCGACAGUGUUCACAUCUCAGCAUAAUCGACCUUCCAGCCACCAGGCAUACGAUCAGUAAAAAUCCUCUUUGGAUCCUACUUGCCACGAAUCUCUUUAAGUCUCUUCACACUGUCGCUGCCGUAGCUCUCGAAGACCUUUUGUCCUUUAUCCGCAUGAAUCAUGUAGAGGUAUCUGCUUAGGCC